UCUUACCUAUUCAGAUUCUGGGGCAUGCCCUUGCCUGCCUAUUUAAAAAGGGGGGAAUAGCAGGCUGAGCAAUGUCGUGGAGCGAUCAAGCUACUGCAAACAAUGCUCGGGAUCUGCGUACUGCUCGCUUGGCUGGGACUUUCCAGCCAGCUCCGUGCGCUGGCUGCAAUGAUAGAGUGCGCCCCAUGCAGUGAGGAGGAGAUGUCCUCCUGCCACCCCCCCAGGGGCUGCGAGCUGGUGAGAGAGUCCGGCUGCGGCUGCUGCCUGACAUGCGCGCUGGCGGAGGGAGCGGCGUGCGGUGUGUAUACCGAGAGUUGCGCGUCCGGCCUGAAGUGUGUGCCCCGCGGCGGGGAAAGGGCGCCGCUUCAAGCGCUGCUGCAAGGUCGGGGCAUGUGCCGCAGGUCGAAGCGCAGGAAUCAGGUUCAGCACACUGGAAAGCUGCUAGACGCUGAUGAAAAAUAUUCCUUGGGAAAGAGACGCCAAGAUGGCAAAAACCAUGGAAAGUUGCUCGACAAUCCCAGCCACCACUUGAAACCGAAACCUCAUCGGGGAAAUCGCUAUUCAGCAACGGGAACUGUGCACACUAUGACAAACCCUUCAAAACCUACACCAGUCACCACACUUCUGCCAGAUUCUGAAUAUGGCCCAUGUCGUAGGGAAAUGGAGUUGAUUCUGCAGGACCUGAAGCCGGAAUUUUUCCGCAGCCCAGAAGACAUCUACAUCCCAAACUGUGAUAAGCGAGGUUACUACCGGAACAAACAGUGUAAACCGUCAAAAGGCAGAAAGCGUGGUCACUGCUGGUGUGUGGAUAAAUAUGGUCACUCACUUCCUGGGCUACCAAGCAGGAAAAGGUCUGUGUCCUGUUCACAAACUGCAUCUUCUGAAGAAGUUGGAUACUAGUUUGUGCAGGACAGUACUGCAUGAAGUUUCUGAAGAGAAGAUUAAAUUAGAAACGGGAUCUCUCCAAUCAAUCUUGCUCCGUAUCUGUAGGUCAACUCCAAAAAAGGUCUGCAGACUUUCUUGGAGUCGCAUCUGAUGGAAGUAGUUUAGUUUAAAGAUUAGAAAACAUGCAACAACUGCUCUGAAAGUCUUCUGAAAUCUGACUUUAAUUCUAAUUCCUAGUUGUUCCAAACAUGGGGCUAAAUUCUUUAGCCAGACUGUUUCAGUGCCAAGUCCCUGUCAUUAAUACUAGCAUGGUUUCCAUGCCCCAUAACUUGAUCACUUCUAUAUCCCAGCACCAGCCUUGAGCUGGAGCUACAGAAAUCCUCCUGGUGAAGAUAUUUCUGUUAAAACACUAAAGUUAAAUCUCAAAUUCCCAUUUCACAGGCUGAGUCAGUACAUCCAGAAUAUAGUGAAGAGCUUCUCCUGGUAACCCAGUGAGUGAAAGCACCAGCUGAACUAGCACUAAGCCACACAGACCAGAUGGAUCCCUGGUUCAUUAUCUGGUCAGUGCUGUGUUGGUUCCCAUCCAUUGAUCCAUCCAUUUUUCCUACUGGAAAAAGUACACAUUUGUUGUUGUUCAGUUCAACUCUGAUGCAAAGCUUGUCGACUCUCUCCAUUUCAGCUUCUUGCAAAGUGGUGAGUCAUAUGAGAUGGCACCACAUCCCAGCAUGGAGAAAAUAGCUUAGUGGAUGAAGUGGUGCAGCAGUCACAUUACUGAACCAGUAAUGCAGGGACCUAAACUCAUCGAACGAAGCACUGUAUGGCAUCUGGGCAGGUGUUCCCAUCAACCAAUACAUGGUUUGAAUGUAAUUUUUGGAGUAGGAUAGUAUGAAACCUUUUUUGUUAAUGUCAUUUUAAAGAGUUCAGGGUGAAGAAAGAGAAAUCCUCCCAGCAGACAGAUCUGUUUAGCCUUAGUUUUAUUAUUAAAUCUUACAUAAUUGGUAUGCAGAAGAAUUAGCACUGACUGUAUUUAGAAAUGGCUAUCUUUGAGUCAGACAUUGGUUUCAUUGCUCUUCUAUCACCACUGUACAGCAAUGCUAUUUUUAACAAAUAAAGGUUACUGUCCUGCUUUCCUCAUCUUGAAAUUGUUUAAUUUAGUAUUCAGUUUAAAAUCUCCCUGCUAACAGGUUCAGGAUAAUUCUUGUGAAUGCACUGUCCUCUAUGUGUUUCUAUGCAUCCAGCUUAGUGUGAGCACACAGCCCAUGCAAUUUUAUAUCACUUUACAGAACUUGAUAAACACUAUGUAUUUUUUUUACUGGGAAUAUGAUGCACCUAAAUAUUUAAAGUCCAUGAACAGAAGUAAUGAAGUAGUGUUUUGAAAUGUAGUGUGUCGAAGAUCAAUAAAUGCUUCUUUGUGAUAAAUUGGUGUUGCUUUGAAAAUUGGGAAUUGCUCUUAUGUUUUAUUUAAUAAAAUCUUUUAACAAUUUGA